CGUUCAAAUCUUUAAAUUUUUUCUUCUUCUCAACCUCAAAACCUUGACGCUACGCACUAACCUAUCGGUUACAAUGGCUAUCAGGUACUUGAUCCUGCUAUCGAGGCAAGGGAAAGUGCGUCUGGCAAAGUGGUUCACAACCCUCAGUUCCAAAGACAAAUCCAAGACCAUAAAAGACGUAAUACAACUCGUCCUAUCCCGACGCACAAAAAUGUGUAAUUUCCUCGAAUAUAAAGACACAAAAGUAGUAUACCGCCGCUAUGCCUCCCUCUUCUUCGUUGCGGGGAUCGACAGCUCGGACAACGAACUCAUCACGCUAGAAAUCGUGCACCGCUACGUCGAACAGAUGGAUAAGUACUAUGGAAAUGUGUGCGAGCUGGAUAUCAUAUUUAAUUUUCAGAAGGCCUAUUAUAUCCUUGAUGAGUUGUUGAUUGCUGGCGAGAUGCAGGAGAGUAGUAAGAGGGGGCUAUUGAAGUAUAUUGCACAGCAGGAUGCGAUCGAGGAUACCGAGGGGGAGGAGGAUAAUAUUUCUAGGAUAAUAGGGUGAAAUGAGUGAAUAGGAAAUGAAGGGUUUUCUUUUAUCUUAUAUCAAUUCACUUCUUUCUUUCUUUUAGGAUUUCCGGUGAGGGGGAGUCGUGGGUCUUUCGCGAGGGAGAUGGGUGAAUCUUUGUGUAAUUUGUUCGGAUACCGAUUGAAGCCAUAUGUGGGGGCGUUGUUUGACGAGGGAGAAUUUAUUGGAGGGGUGUUGGAAAUCGCCGAUUACACUCUAGAGGUUUCCCUAUAAUCCAUGUCUAAAGUAUCGACUCUAUUGAGCUAGAAAACGAAAACGUUGUUUAA